ACUCGUGCAUACCAUGUCUAAGGACGACGACAUCAAAGCCUUUGCGGACAAGGAUGGCCAUUUCCGAAGACAACCAUCGAAGUUUCGCGACUUCAUAUCAAGAGAAUCAGGAGCGAAGUUUCCACCCGAGAAGGAUCGUUAUGUAUGUUCAUCAUCNCUCUACACCAACUGGGGAUGCCCUUGGGCGAACCGUACAGCCAUUGUCCGCAUGCUCAAGGGCCUCGAAGACAUCAUCCAACUAGUCGUGAUGGACUACGUGAUGUUCCCUGAAGGCUGGGGCUACAGCGGCCGCGACGGGACGGCCGAUAAGGAUCCNCUUUACGGUUUCACUCGUCAUCGCCAACUAUACGAGAAAGCGGAACCGGGUUACGAAGGCCGUGUCUUGGUACCUACGCUCUGGGACAAGAAGAAUGAGACCAUUGUCAAUAAUGAGAGCUCCGAGAUCAUUCGCAUGUUCUACACCGAGUUCGAUGACUUGCUGCCUGAGAAGUUCCAGGAAAAGAGCCAUCCCGAUGGCGGAUACUUUCCAAGCUCCCUACAGCAGCAGAUCGACGAAUUUAAUGAGUGGGUAUAUGACACUAUCAACAACGGUGUUUACAAGUGUGGCUUCGCCAGCUCACAAGAAGCCUAUGACAAGAGCGUCGACAUCCUGUUCAACAGUCUCGAUCGCGUGGAAGCCCAUCUCGAGAAAUCCGAAGGCCCGUUCCUGUUUGGCAAACAUCUUACCGAGGCAGAUAUCAGGCUGUAUCCUUCGAUCGCGAGGUUCGAUGUCGCAUACCACAACAUCUUCAAAUGCAAUCUGAAGAUGAUCAGACAUGAUUAUCCGAGGAUCGACAAGUGGUACAGAAACAUCUAUUAUGACGAGGGAGAAGAGACCAGAGGAGGUGCAUUUAGAAAAGCGACGCGUUGGGAUGCCAAGAUUCAAGUUGUGCCUAAAGGUCCAGUGCCAGACAUCAUGCCCAAGGACGCU